AUGCCUCUCUCCGUGUCGUUGCAGGCGAAGGACAGUGAUGACGAUGAUGAAGUCACCGUCAGUGUGGACCGGGACCGCUUCAUGGACGAGUUCUUUGAGCAGGUGGAAGAAAUUCGAGGGUUCAUCGAUAAAAUUUCGGAGAACGUGGAGGAAGUGAAGAGGAAGCACAGCGCCAUUCUUGCUUCACCCAACCCCGAUGAGAAAACGAAGGAGGAGCUGGAAGAGCUGAUGUCUGACAUAAAGAAGACGGCGAACAAAGUGCGCUCCAAGCUAAAGAGUAUUGAGCAGAGUAUUGAACAAGAAGAAGGACUGAACAGGUCAUCUGCUGACCUGCGGAUAAGGAAAACUCAGCACUCGACGCUGUCGCGCAAGUUCGUGGAGGUUAUGUCCGAGUACAACGCCACGCAGACUGACUACCGGGAGCGCUGCAAGGGCAGGAUUCAGAGGCAGCUGGAGAUCACUGGCAGGACCACCACCAGCGAGGAGCUGGAGGACAUGCUGGAGAGCGGCAACCCGGCCAUUUUCUCCUCUGGGAUCAUUAUGGAUUCAAACAUCACCAAGCAGGCACUGAAUGAGAUUGAGACACGGCACAGCGAGAUCAUCAAACUGGAGAACAGCAUCCGAGAGCUGCACGACAUGUUCAUGGACAUGGCCAUGCUGGUGGAGAGCCAGGGCGAGAUGAUCGACCGCAUUGAGUACAACGUGGAGCACUCAGUGGACUACGUGGAGCGGGCUGUGUCCGACACCAAAAAAGCGGUGAAGUACCAGAGCAAAGCCAGACGGAAGAAGAUCAUGAUCAUAAUCUGCUGCGUGAUCCUGGGUAUCGUCAUCGCCUCCACCUUCGGCGGCAUUUUCGGCUAGACUCACCCCACAGGACUGUUUGUGUGCGAUGGACGGAGCCGCGCGUGCCAUGGGGCUGCAGCCGCGCCGGAGCAAACCACGCAGCCCCGGAGCCUCCCAGCAGCAUUUCAGUUUCUAAUGCAUGGUUGUUUGUGACGCUGUGUGUGCGGUGCGGUGCGUCUGUAUGGAGGGAGCACCGGCCCCGGGGCGCAGGCAGGGUGCAGGGGAUGGUGAUGGGCGCAAGGGAGACCCUGAGGGGGGAACCCGAGCUCUCAUCACUGUUCCAGCCUGGCUGGGACCAGGUGGGGACAGAGGUGCCCUUGGGCACUGCUGCUCUCCUGUGCUGGGCAAUCUGUGUUAGUGACAGCGAAAGAUGAGGAGGGACCAAUGAAGGUUGUUAGGGGUCCUUGGGAGCACAGUGCCCAGUCAACCUCCCCCAGCGUCCCCAUCACCUCCAGCCAGAGCUCUCAUGUCUGUCAGCUGCGUCUGUGCUUGCAAACACCUUUCCUUGGGCUGCUUCUCUCACGGGGCCCUUCCCCAGGGGUGUGCUCUGCCAGGCCCUGCCUCCCCCUGUCCCUGCCCGUCCUGUGGCCAUGCCUGGCUGCAGGGCUCCGUCCCUGCUGCUCUGCCGAUGGCAGGGCUGCCCCCUCCCUAAGCAAGCGCUUGCCCUGGUGUGGGUGCCAGAGGCUGGAUGUGCCGCUGCCUGGUGGAGCAGCGUGGAUGGAGGAGCUACUGCCUGGGGCCAUCACAGUUGCUUGGGGAUGGGGACAGGCCACGUGGGGACCUGUGCUGCACCCUGGUGCUGGCCUGGCAGAGCAGGAGGGCACAGGUACUUUAAGGCCAGGAUGUUUCUCUGGCUGCUCACCCUGCACCAAAGCCUCAUCGUUCUGUUCUCAGUCCCAGCACCCAUGGCCCUGGCUCCUGCUGCCCCCAGGCCUGGGCUCUGGCCAUUGGGGUUUGGGGCUGGCUCUGAUGCCCCCAGCCCCUGGCAGUGCUUGCCUGGGAGCAGAGCUGCUUCCAGCCUCACUUCUCCAUGUAGGCACCCGUGGCUGGGGGUUGGAGGCAGUUGGGCUUUCUUCCAGUCAUGGCAUGAUCCCAGGAGCAGCCCUUGUUGCAUCCACCCCCCUGCAAGCUAGGAGCAGCAGCCUUCCUCCUUCUCUAUCCUACCAGCUCCUGAGCAGGGCAGUGCCUGACUGCCCCUCCCAUCUCGUCGCCACCUCUUGGCAUCCGCCUGCCCCUGCCACCUCCUCGUGGCACAGUGCCCUUCUGCCUGCUCAUC